AUGGCAGAUGAUGGAAGCUCUUAUGGUGGUAGCGGUAGUAAGAAAUCAAAAAAGAAAUUGGCAAAACCCGCACAAGACGUCAGGGAUCUCCCGGCUGGAACCAAGAACAUCAAUUUUGACUGGGAUGACGUGUUGGGCGUUAUAAGAGAGCAUGUAAGCAUGUUUAAGGUAGAAGAUUUGAUCAUUCAAGAGAAAGUAAACGAACGUGAACUUAUAUGUUUGGUGAACAAGGGUCCUGUGGCUGUGAGUAUAGAUGUGCAUUCCGAAUUUACAAACUUUCAAGGGGAUGGAAUCUAUCCGGGACCCAAGAAAAAAAGGGCCAAGAUUGACAAACAUUUGCUUUUAGUAAGGGGCUAUGGUACAAAAAUGCCUGAAGGCAUUCAUUAUUGGAAAGUCCAAAAUUCAGCAGGACAUAAAUGGGGAGACAAGGGACUUGGAAAAAUUGUUCGACAAAUCAGUCGUGGUAAAAAUGAACCGUCUCUCUUCACCUGCAUUGUUUAUCCUACGCUUCUGGAUCACUAUGAAGGUGAGAGGAUAAGGCAACACGCAUGA